CUCCCCUCUGCAGGUGUUCUGGGGCGCGCAGGUCCUCAUCAGGGGUGCCGCGCGUUGCAUGGUGCGGGGAUGAGAUGGCCCCGGCGCCGUGAGCAGGGCGUGAGAGCGAGCAGUGCGGGAGCGCGGAGGCCGGGGAGAGGGCGGGGAGACCGAGCUCCGAGCGCGCCAGGCAGCGCACACCCACUCGCAGCCGGAGGCGCUCGGAGGCAGCAGCUCGGCCUCGCCCUUGGCCAAACCCAAGGGUCCGCCCAGCCCAGCCCGGCUCCCGGCCGGCCCCGGACCAUGGAGGAUUCCCGGGAGACAUCUCCGUCCUCCAACAACUCUGAGGAGCUGAGCUCUGCCCUGCGGCUGUCCAAGGGCAUGUCCAUCUUCCUCGACAUACUGAGGAGAGCAGAUAAAAAUGAUGAUGGAAAGUUGUCCUUUGAAGAAUUCAAAGCCUACUUUGCAGAUGGUGUUCUCAGUGGAGAAGAAUUACAUGAGCUCUUCCACACCAUCGACACCCAUAACACAAACAAUCUUGACACAGAAGAACUAUGUGAGUAUUUUUCUCAGCAUUUGGGCGAGUAUGAGAAUGUACUAGCAGCACUUGAAGAUCUCAAUCUUUCCAUCCUGAAGGCAAUGGGAAAAACAAAGAAAGGCGGGAUGCCUGGAUCAUAUGGUGGACCUUUUAUCAGCUAUCUGAGGAAUCUCCAUACCGCCUUCCAUUAAGGUUGUGCAAGUUCACAGUCCUUCCAACAAUGGAUGAAGUACCUUCUCCCUCCCUAUCAUUGUCAGCAUUUUAGUUUUAAAAUUAUUUUUGAAUGAUAACCAUUCUAAGUAGUGUG